AUUAAGCUGUCAUUCGUGGUUUAUUUUCGUCAUUUGUGUAGUGCAUUCAAUCUAUAUUGUUGGGGACUUACAAAAUUCCAUGUAUCCUUGAACUUAUUUUACUAAUUUUGAUAAAAAGAAAAGUUAUACGUGUAAAAAACAAAAAAAAUAUAGGCGAUGUACAGUUUUCAAGAUUAAUUAAAAUCCUUUGUAUGAAUAUUCAAACUUUGUUGUGUUGUAAACUUAUUUUUCGCGUUUCUGGGACGAAGUCAAGAAUGUGUAGAUAGUAAAUGGCUUCUGCAUAUAGCGAUUAGGCGUAGAAACGAUUUGUUUUGUUUAUAUUUUUGUGUUAAUAUGGCUCACUUCGGAAAACGCGAUGUUACGUACAGCGCACUUAACAACGAAUUGACACCACCACUGGCGGGAUUGGCGGAUAUCACUAAUGCAGCCCCGACUAUUAUCACGCUGGACCAUGAACAUGAGGAUGCCAAUAACGUUAUCAUCCAUAAAGUUCCCAAAAAUAAAGGAGGAUGGACUCAUAUAGAGGAUCUAGACUCAUUUUUUACAAGAAUGUAUAGAUACUAUGUUCGUGGUGGAUUUUAUCCAAUGAUAAUGUCAGAUUUAUUUUAUUUGUUGCAAUUUAUUUUCAUAGUGUGGUUUUCCACAUUUUUGGUGUAUUGUGUAGAUUAUACAAAGUUGUUUAGAAAUGAUCCUGAUGCCAACAGAAGUGAGAAACUAAGUUUAAAUGAAGUAAUAUAUUCACCUGCAGUAUGUGUUGAAAGUAUUUCAUGGAAAUGGUGGUUUCUCGUCACAUUAUCUGCAAUUAUUUGGUUGAUGAGGCUGGUGAUAAUUGUAUACCAUUUAUAUUAUGCAUAUGACACAAAAUUAUUUUAUAAUAAUGCAUUAAAAAUUAAAGAGAAUGAUUUGGUUUGGAUAAACUGGUCGACUAUACAGGAGAGAGUGCGAGAAGCGCAGCCAGAGCAUCACAUGUGCGUCCAUAAGCAAGAGAUCAACGAAUUAGAUAUAUAUCAUCGAAUACUCAGAUUUACAAAUUACAUGGUGGCGAUGGUCAAUAAAAAUCUACUUCCUCUUCAGAUACAUGUGCCUUGUAUUGGUGACUUCCAUUAUUUAUCCAGGGGUUUGAAAUGGAAUUUAGAGUUUUUGUUAUUUUACAGUCCUUGGAGUCCCUGGGAGAACUGUUGGCAGCUCCGAGGCUGUUACAAAGAUCAUUCGAAACGGAUGACAUUAGCGCGACAGUUAGAGAGGCAGAUACUGUUACUGGCGUUAGUGAACCUACUGCUCUCGCCACUUAUACAGGCCUGGCAGAUACUCUAUUUCUUCUUUAACUAUGCAGAGUUAAUAAAGCGAUCGCCGGCGUCGCUGGGCCUCCGGACGUGGUCGCUGUACGCGCGCAUCACUCUGCGCCACUUCAACGAGCUGGAGCACGAGUUGCGCGACCGACUGAACCGCGCCCACAAGCCAGCGACCAAAUACCUCGCCAGCUUCUCAUCGCCAAUCACCACAGUUAUCGCCAAGAACGUGGUGUUUCUCUCGGCGAGCGUGCUGGGCGUGCUCGUCGUGUUGUCGGUGUAUGACGAGGAUGUGCUGACUGUGGAACACGUUCUCAGCAUCAUCACGAUACUUGGUUGCAUAUUGGCUGGCGCUAGGGCUCUAAUAGGUGAAGAGGAGCGUUUAGGUGGUGGUUGUACAGGCCCUGCUCGCGGUGAGGAACUGUUCGUACAAGUGCUUGGUCACGUGCACUACCUGCCCGCCGCGUGGACUCGCCGCGCUCAUACCAAGGACGUAGCCGCCCACUUCCAGCAGCUGUUCCAGUUUAGAGCCGUUUACAUCGUGUUCGAGCUUCUGAGUCCCCUGCUGUGUCCGCUAGUGUUGUUGUCGCUUCGAUCCCGCGCCCUGGACAUUGUUGACUUCUACCGUAACUUUACCGUCAGCGUACUCGGUAUCGGAGACGUUUGCUCCUUCGCUCAGUUGGACAUUCGUAGACAUGGUCAUCCUGAUUGGCACACAGCCGGGAAAGCUAAAGCAUCAAACGGCAAUACUCAAUACGACCAAGGCGAAGGUGGGAAGACGGAGCUGUCGUUGGUAGCCUUCUCAUGCCGACACCCGGGAUGGCAGCCGACUGAACCGUCGCAGCGACACUUCUUACGCUCACUGCGACAGAGCAUGCAUCACGCUAUACCAGCCAACAACCAUCUCAAUAAAACAAUGCUGGGCUCGUAUAUACAACAAAGUUUGUUUGGUGCUGUCACUCCUCUACCUGCAGUUCUAUCGUACUACCCACAACAGAGACCGCAGUACAGAUUGCCA